UUUUUACUCCACCCUCACAAGAUGCUGUUGAUCCAUUUUUUCUCAGCUUCAGGUCGUCCGAAGUCCGAGCAUUUUACACCGAUUAAGCAAUAAAAGCGAUCUGGGAGUGGAAUCAUUUCUUUUGAGUGAAAACACACAGGACUGGGAUUCAAAAUGAAGUUGCAUUGAGACCCACCAUCAGAAAAAUAGAUACAGAAAGCUGAAAGAAGAAUCAAGUACACAAAAAAGACAUAGUAGAAGGAGUGGGACAGAGAGAUCAGGUGGUGUGAAGAAAAGAAAAAUAAAAUAAAAGGGAACUUGAGAGGGAUCAGGAGACUAAGAAAUCAGAGCUAUGGACUGGAAGACAUUCCAGGCCCUGCUCAGCGGGGUGAACAAGUACUCGACGGCGUUUGGCCGCAUCUGGCUCUCAGUGGUUUUCGUUUUUCGCGUCCUGGUGUACGUGGUGGCGGCAGAGCGAGUAUGGGGUGACGAGCAGAAGGACUUUGACUGUAACAUCAAGCAGCCAGGCUGCCCCAACGUAUGCUACGAUCACUUCUUCCCCAUCUCGCACAUCCGCCUGUGGGCGCUGCAGCUCAUUUUCGUCACAUGCCCGUCACUCCUUGUGGUCAUGCACGUCAAGUAUCGAGAUGAACGGGAACGCAAGUACCGUGCCAAACACGGCGCCGAUGCCAAGCUCUAUGACGAUACAGGUAAGAAGCAUGGUGGCCUCUGGUGGACCUACCUGAUCAGUCUCUUUGUCAAGACAGGCAUUGAGGUAGCCUUUCUCUACAUCCUCCACCACAUCUACCAUAGCUUUCAGCUGCCGCGAGUCGUCAAGUGCCAAAUCUUCCCAUGCCCCAAUGUGGUGGACUGUUACAUCGGCCGGCCCACUGAAAAGAAGAUGUUCACCUACUUCAUGGUGGGUGCCUCAGCUAUCUGCAUCGUCCUCAACAUCUGUGAGAUCUUUUAUCUCCUGGCCAAGCGCAUCUCAAGCUGUGUCAAGCGGGCGAGGCGUCAUCCGCAGAGAGCCGUGCCUCUGUACAGGCCUCCAUGUCAGGACCAGGACAGCAACUGCACACUGCCCAUGCAAGACCUGGAGCACAAACCACAGUACAAGAACAAGAACAAGCUGAGUGUCCCACCUAUAGAUUACAAGACAAAUGCUUUCAUGCGGGCUUCAGCUCCUAACCUUAGCUUGGCCUAAAUGUGAGAUCCACUCGUCUAUAGACAGACAACUCAAGAGGGAGAGAGCAAUUUUUUCCAUGCACUUUGAACACAAGAACAAGAUGAAAUCUGAGCUCUCACCUGUGGUCCACAAACUUUUGGAGCAUUUGCAACGGAAUCCCGUUGCAAAUGUUGUUCUUACUGUGUGAUGGAGGCAAAUGCAGGACUUAAGAAAAAGAUUGAGAUUUGCCCAGUCUGAGAACCAUUUUCAUGUCUCAACCUUCUUUUCCUUGCUUUUGCUCAUCCACUGCACAUAAGGAACUGUCCAGUGCAGUGAAGAAUUGACAGAUUAAUCUCUGGAAGCACUUUAUACAAAGAUCCACAGCUCAGAUCAAGUCUAAGCAGUCUAUCUAUGAGCAAACAUUUGGAUUUACUUUUAAGAUUCAGAUGAAAAUGGGGUUCCAAAUGAUUUCCAUAGAUUUGUGUGGUAACUGAAAAACCGAACACACACUAAACAACUAGAGAUCACACUGUAGCCAGAUUUGAUCAAAUGUCUUAAUCCAUACUGACUAGGAGACAGCAGACAUGGAGGUCUGGGUGAGUUGGUUCAAAGCUUCUCCACUGCAGCCUUUUUUUUCUUUGUCUGGUUCUUUGAAUUGCUGUUGUACAGGCACUUCUUUGUCCUCCAUUAAGGAUCUCCAGUGCAGCUAUGAACACCUGUCUGCUGUUUUUUGUGUUUGUUUUGUUGUGUUUCUUCUCUUUUCAUUGGCUAUUGACUUGCCUGUCAGUCAUUUUUUCGCACUUUCCAUAUUUUUCUGUUUUUACAUUCUUUAUUUUCAUUGGAUAUUCAUGUGAUUCGUUCAGAAAUAUGUUGCUAACUCAUAUACAUUACAAGAUGAGUUCAUUCAGGAAGCAAGAGAGAGUGUAGACAACGGCUAGCAAGGACAGAAUUAGCCUGAUUGUGCAUCUUACAUAUGAUCCAUAAGAUAAGUCUUGUGAACCUCGGCUGAAAGGACAAGAACGAAGUAGAAGAAAGGACAUUUCCGAACUGCCCCACACCAGCCAUGGCAGAUAGCGAGGAUCUGCUACAUGACACUGUAAUAUCUUUAUACACCAGUCUACACCUUUGGACUUCUGUUGUUAUUUUAAUGAGUUUCAUGACGUCAUAGGUGUGAAGGAGGAUGAAUUUCUGAGAAAUCUCUCCACAGCUCAGUAGAAUGUUUCAUCACUUCAUCAUUUCUAAAAGGAAAUCACUGCCACAUAGUAAUUUUUUUUUUACAAUGAGCAGACAGUUAAAUGGAAUGUUAAAGUCUUUCAAAGUCUGUUAUGGAAUAGUUUCUUACUGUCCAAACAUUCCUGCCCUCAAAUUAGCAGGGAGUGGUGUUGGUAUACAUGAAAAAAAAAAAAAAAAAAUCACUUCAGAGCUAACACAUGAAAACAGAACAUUCCAGAGACAAACAGGGAGAGACACUGAGACAGAGCUAAUAAGCAAAUAUGGAAUAAUAAUAAUAAUAAUAAUAAUAAUAAUAAUAAUAGUAUUUAUUAUAGAAAAAUGUAGCUCAAAAUACUUUAUAUUAAAACACCACCACACAGGAAGAACACAAAAGAAACAACAACAACAAACAUAAAAACAAAGUAGAAAAUAAAAUAAAAGUUACAUAACUAAUAUUACAGUAAUUAAAACAAAAAGUAUUGCACUAUGAAAAGCUUUUUUAAGAUUUUUUUUGCUGUUUACUAAAAGUGGUAAUUGAGGUGAGGGUGUGUCACUGUUUUCCAGAACAAGAGUCAUAGAAGAGGCUGUAUGCCUGAGGGGUUUGUAACAUUCCAGACCUGCACAGACUUGCCAUAGACUAAAGCCAAGAAGGUUUCAGAGCAUUUAAAAAAAAAAAAAAAAACAAUCCUAAAAAAAAAAAGUCAAGUCAAUGCAGCACUAAUGUGAAAGUGCAUUCGGUGCUAUACACUCGCUAGAACCAGCGCUAGAUUUAUGCUUCUUCUCCAGUGUUAGGUUUAUUCAAUCAGAUUGUUUGCUUUUCAUUGUGACUCGACUAAGACGUUCGUGAGUCAGUGCCGUGUUGAGUAAACCCGAGGGAUGUGGAAUGUAAGAGUUUACUUAAAAGCGAAUUAAGCCUCAAAUGAACAGAAAGAGUAAAACUGCUUCUGCCUAAGACCUUUAAUUAUGGAACAAUAUGCUGGUUCAUGUUUCUAGUUGUGGCCACAUCAAGAGCUGUUUUUAACAUGUGGUGGCUUUUUUUUUUUUUACAUAUAUAAAUAAAGUAUGUUAUAUAAAGAAACUACAUAUUUAUGUCUUAUCCUUGGUCAAUAAAAAUGGGAAUGAAGAA